AUAUUCGGUUUCAAUUUGACAUUUACCUUUUAACGCGUGGAAAAAGUUUACAUUUUCCUCGCAUUUUUGAAUAAUUUCAAUUUAAUUGAAUAAAUUCCUUAAAAAAGUUACCAUGUCAGCUAACAAAAAGAAAAAUAUCGAAUCAAUGGACCAGGAUCCCAGUGAUGACUCUGAGACAGAGUCCGACAAUGAGGGACCACAUCCUGAUGCCUACACUGGCAACGAGGAAAUCCAAGUAGAUUUCGAAGGCCGCAGUCCAACAGAUACCGACUUCCAUGGAAUUUCCCAGCUCUUUCACCAGUUAUUCCUCAAGGCGCACAUUAACGUCAAUGAAAUGGCCGAAAUCGUCAUAGCACAAAACUACGUUGGCAGUGUGAUAUUCCAAAGUGAAAUCGAGGGCGAGGAAGAAGAUCCCGAGGACGAUGAUAUGUACGAUUCCAAUAUGAUCUUUGGUAUUACAACUGCCAUCAACAUGACAGCGAAAAAAGACAAGCAAUGCAUCGAACAGUUGCGCUCCUAUAUCAUUUCCAAGGCCGAAAAACACGCUACCGACGCCACACUCGUCCAUCUCCGAGAUGUGCUGGCGAACGAAGCACGGCCAGUUGGUUUCCUGAUCAACGAACGUUUCAUCAACAUCCCUCCUCAGAUAUCAGUGCCGUUGCUGGAGAACUUGCACAAAGAAAUCAAACAGGCCAACGAGAAAAAGAUGCCCUUCGGAUUUGUGUACUUCAUCAUGAUCAUCAAGUUCCAUCGCCGAGAGGCCAAGAAGAAUAAACCCCAGGAAGAUGUGUACGUCAACGCUGAGGAGGAAGUCAUUGCCAAGCAGGCGGUGCAGAGCUUCGAAUUCUCUGUUGCUGGAGAGUGUGAUAGUGGGCUGACGGGCAAUUGGUUGGAGGAAGACGAUGCUUUGACUCCUUACAGAAAAAUCGUACUCUUUGAUGCUACCAAAUUACCUCUUUUAAUCGAUUCGAUACAAACUUUUAUCAACAACGAAUAAGAGUAAGAGUAAAGGUGGUUAGCAAAUAAAACCCAUGAUAAUCAGAAUCUAUCUUCAAAUCAAGGAAAAAUGAACUGAAAGAUCUUAGAGUGCCUAGAAGAAGUUUGGUUAUCUCAGUGAGGAGGAGUAUGUUAUUUUGUAAAUUUAAAUUUAUAUAUUUUUUUAAAUUUCUGAUGUAAUUUAUGUAUACAAAUAAUAAAGUGUAUAUUCUUAA